AUAUGUUUAUAGCUUGGUUUUAAAAAUAAGUUUUGAAUAAAAUGAACGAAAAGGCAAUAUCAGAAAAGGAAUUAUUGACAGCAAUUAAAGACCUAUUGAAGAAAAAUGGAUAUUUAAAUAAAAUUAAUGCUGAGGUCCGAGCUCAAGUGACAGAACUCCUUCAGCGUCGACAAACGGCUGGAGCUGACACUGCACCCCCCACUCCUACUGAGGAGGUGCUUCUGGUCAACGAGUUGGUUAGGGAAUACCUGGAGUGGAAUGGGUAUCUGUACACUGCGUCUGUACUAGUAUCUGAAGCUGCUAUGCCGAAGGAUAAGAGGUCAAGGGCAGACCUGUGUACAGAAGUUGGAGUGAGAGAUGAUGAGAAGUCGUCAGCAUUACCUCUAUUGUCCAACAUAGUUGCAGCAUACACUGAAAGGAUUAAGAGGAAGAUAAAUAAGAGCAAGAAAGAUGUAUGUUGAU